AUGUUAGAGAUAGGCAACCUUUGCUUUAUUGACAGCCUCGCAUUUCUUAAUGCAAGCCUGGAGACGAUCGUGCAAAAUCUCCACUCUAAGAAAACAGAGCAUUUUUGUUGCCUUCGUCAGUCCUUUCCCGAGCACGUCGACCUCCUUGCCCACAAAGAAGUGUUUUGUUACGAUUUCAUUACAGGCUUUGAGAGUUACGAGGGUCAAAGCCUUCCGCCACGACAGUCCUUUUUUAACAAGUUGGCUGGGAUCAGGGUGUGUGAAGAAGACUACGAACAUGCGCAGGUCGUUUUCGGUACCUUUGGUUUGAAGAACCUUGGAAAAUACAGCGACCUUUACCUAAAGACGGACUGCCUCCUACUUGCCGAUGUUUUCCAAAACUUCAGACGGUGGACGCUGGAGACGUACGACAUUGAGGCUUUACAUUUCGUAUCGUUACCGUCCCUAAGCUUGUCGUGUGCGUUGAAACAGUCGAAAGUAAGACUGCAGCUAAUUGACGAUCCUGACACAUAUCUCAUGAUAGAACAGGGUAUUCGCGGAGGGGUUACCCAAUGCACGACCCGUCAUGCUGUCGGAAAUGUUCCGGAAACGGAUAUGUUUAACCCACAGCACGAACCGUCUCAGAUUUCGGACUUGGACGUAAACGGUCUGUAUGCGGCGACAAUGAGAGAAGCCCUCCCAGUGUCGGACUUUGAGUGUUUGACGAAAGACGAGAUUUCCUGCCUGAACAUUGGUGACGUUCCAGAUGACGCUCCGACGGGCUACAUUUUGGAGGUAGACCUCAGAUAUCCUCAUGACUUGCACGAGAUUCAUUCUGACUUUCCCUUGGCCCCGGUGAAGCAAAGCGUUCCCUACGAUUGGUUUUCCGGCUAUCAAAAAAGUCUCAUUGGCAAGUUUGAAAUGCCCAAAGAGGAAUCCACCACGAAGCUGUUGCUCACACUUCACGACAAAACGAAAUACGUUUUGCACUACCGGAUUUGGAAACUGUACACCCAGUUAGGACUAGAGGUCACCGAAAUUCACCGAGUCCUAAAUUUCUCGCAGCGAGCGUUCUUGAAGGAGUUUAUUGAUUUUAACCACCAGCUGAGACAGCAGGCAACCAACUCUUUCCAGAAGAAUCUUUCCAAACUGUUCACGAAUAUCAUGUAUGGCAAAACGAUCGAGAAUGCCCGUAAACAUGGACACAUUAAACUCUGCGUUAAAGAGGACGACGUACUGAAAAUGCUUAAGAAGCCGACCCUGACACAGUUUCGAGCACUUAGCUCGCAGGUCGUAAUUUUGCAGUUUGCUCCGAGAGUGAUCAAACUCAAACAAACGCUCUACGCAGGGUUCUCAAAUCUUGAGAUAUCACAAAUAGUAUUGUACGACUUCUUUUAUAAUCAACUUCGUCGUGCGAUCCCCUCAACAGGGUCUCUUUACUGCGACACGCAUUCCUUCUUCCUACACCUCCAAAGAUCAGACGUAGACGACAAACUGCUCCAACGCCGAGACGCAUGCUUGGAUACAUCUGGAUAUCCAGAGAGUCACAAGCUCUUUUCAACCGAAAACAAAAUGAGGCUCGGUGUGUUAAAAAAUGAAUAUCCGACUACUCACUUAAUGGCUUUUUUUUUUGCUUAA